CCACUAGGCGGCGGUGUGAUUCCUCACUGUUUCUCAAGCGUUCUGAGUUCAUCAGGCGAAGAAGAAAACAACGUGAGAGCCAUGCCGAAAUCCAAGAGAGACAAGAAAGUUUCUUUAACCAAAACAACCAAAAAGGGGUUGGAAUCCAAACAAAACCUGAUUGAAGAGCUGCGGAAAUGUGCAGACAUCUACAGAUACGUGUUUGUGUUCUCAGUAGAGAACAUGAGAAACAACAAACUGAAAGACAUCAGGACAGCCUGGAAACACAGCCGGUUCUUCUUCGGUAAGAACAAAGUCAUGAUGAUUGCGCUGGGAAAAGGACCGACAGACGAAUACAAAGAUAAUCUGCAUAAACUGAGCAGGUUUCUCAGAGGUGAAGUCGGUGUUUUGUUCACAAACAAAACCAAAGACGAGGUGCAAGAAUAUUUCAGUAACUUUAAAGAGAUGGAUUACGCUCGAGCAGGAAACGUAGCAACCAUGGCAGUGACGCUGGAUGAGGGUCCGCUGGAGCAGUUUCCACACUCAAUGGAGCCUCAGCUCAGACAGCUGGGCCUCCCUACGGCUCUGAAGAAAGGUGUGGUGACACUGAUAAAGGAUUUUGAAGUGUGUAAAGACGGAGACACACUCACACCCGAACAGGCUCGAAUUCUGAAACUCUUUGGAAUCGAGAUGGCGGAAUUCAAAUUAUCGAUUAAGUGCAUGUGGAAUUCUGAAUCCGGGGACUUUGAGAAGCUAACGGACGGUGACGAGGAUGCGACCAGGAAAGAGGAAUCAGAUGAAGACUCAGAGGAAGGAGAAGGGAGCGAAUAAAACCUGGACUCAGGCAGUGGACUUUUUUGCUAUGAACAUUUUGUGUUGAUCCAACAUAAACCCGUAAAAUGUUUUUAUUGAGUGUUUUUUCAGUCAUCUGCACAGUUUAGUUUGUAUCGUCAUCUUCUACAAUGUACAAAAUACUCAAAUACAAGGUUCUGUAUGACUGUACUGAACAGAGAACAGGUGAUCUGUGUUAUUCUUACUGUUAAAUAUAAGUUAUUUUAGCAAAUGUCUGGCAAGAAGAAAACAAAACACAGUGAUUCAUCAAGAUGCCACUAUUGCAUUCAUUUUAUUGCAUUCUCAUGUAAACGUGGGGAAAAUGUAAUUAAGUGUUGGUGAGCUCAGAAAGACGUUUGAUUUUGCAUUGUGUUUAUUAGGAAGCAGAAGGCUGGUCCAACUCAAUUUAUCACUGUUUUGUCACUUGACCGUAGAAAAAUAAAUCAGGCUUCAUAUUA